AUGUGGAAUAUUCCAAUCGAUAUCUGUGCUCUUCACUGCUCACCUAUUGUUCAUUCAAAGGAAUACAUACAUGGUCUUAUAUUUGCUUUCUCGGGAAUCAUCUUUGAUACCGCUCAAAUAAUACUCUUAAGAAAAACGAAAGAAGUCCACCAUGCAACUGUCUUAUCCAAUUUAGGUAUCAUAGCCAUCAUUGAACUCGCUUCUGUUACAGCCAUCUUUGGUGAUUUCAAGUGGAAUAUGUGUGGAUGGCAGAAUCUGUAUAUAAUUAUUCUCGGAAUAUUUAGUUACUUAUCUCAAGCAUUGCAGAUCAGAGCUUUCCAGUGCGAAUUUGCUGGCCCCGUCUCCAAUGUCAGGGCUGGGUCAGAUAUAGGAUUGUCCUUUAUAUGGCAGACAUUUUUGUUUAAAGUGAUUCCAGACACUUUCAGCAUCAUAGGAGCUUUGUUAGUUAUGGUAUCCAUAUUUUUUGUUGGAAUUAGGAACUGGGUGUCCAGCCUACCGAAUGAUUCUCCAAAAUUGAAGCUCUUAAAAUGGAUAUUGAAGUAA